ACCCAAGAGAUGACUAUUCGGUUGGGCCACUACAGUGGACUGACACCAAUCGUGAGGGUCUAUUUUAGAGAACCCGUCAACCCCGUGCGCCAGAAACAAGAACUUUUACGGAUUGAAAUGAAGACUGCCCCAUACCGGAUGAAUGAUUCCGCAACUUGUGAUAGCGAGGAAGUUUGCAGGAUGUUUUGGUUUGUGCCGAUGCCCUUCAUGAACGGCAGCGUUAUGCACCGAGUCCUGGUGAAGUCUAAUGGCCUUGGGAUCCCUGUAUACAACAGGAUGUUCGACAUGAACAUACAUGGAUUUAUGGAACCAUCCGACGUAUCAGAUAUAUUCAGGAUUGGGAAAAAGUUGUACAGGUGGAGGGAUGUCUUUAGCCUGAAUGAUCCAUCACGGCCCUUGUGGGCCACCUACCGACAAGCACCUGUGCUUAUCCUGGGAGGGAUCCCCGAGAAGAAGAUCGUCGUCAUCUCUGAUACAAACUUCGAUACGUAUGACCUAAUAGAGGUGGCCAUCGACAGCUGCUGGAUCGGCUCCCUUUCCUGCCCGCAACGAAAUUUCUCCUCCUCCAUUGUAGACACCAUCGCUACUGAAAGUACUCUCUUCAUCCGGCAAAACCAACUGGUCUAUUAUUUUACAGGGCAUUAUUCAAUUUUACACCAGGAAACCAAAGGAUCUGAUCUGUGGACACGGAUCUUGAACAACGUCUGCGUGAGGAGGCUGCUUCCCGUCUUUUUCCCUCACAAUAACACCGAAUACGUGAUCGCCCUCAGCGGCGGUUUUCAGCAAGGGGAAUUCUUCCUUAUAUCCUGCAAAGAUGGGGUUGUGAAGGCGAGUGGCAGCAUAAAAGAAAAGGGAAGGUCCGUGUGCUAUAAUAUGUUCCGUGCUCCCUGUUUAAUUACAUGGGUCUCGCUGACAGAGGAAAACAAAUUCUAUUUGCUGGUCAUGCACAGGUUCAGCAAGAAGUCUUACAUUGUUUCAUAUGACAGAGAGCAGAAACAUUUUGAAAAAGUGUAUGCGAUCCCUACCCGUGUACCUGAGGCCUCUGAUAAAGGGUUUGUGAUGCUCCUGGGCACCGAGGCAUACUCAAGGACAGCCCUGAUCGCUCGGGGCCUGGCUUACAAUCCCUUCAGCCGGUCUUUUUAUAUUUGGGGGAACGUGAUCUUGCUAAGCCAAGAUAUGACGCAUUACAUCUAUCUGUCCAAUUUCCCGCGUGACUCUCCCAUCAAGGAUUUUGUCCUCUCUUUUACGGGGUCUUUUGCCAUUAUGACAGACCGGGAGGAGCUCUGGGUGUCGAGCGAAAGCGGCAUCGAAUUUAAAAAGGUUUAUCCGUCGGAUUCCUGGCAUAAGUUGCGUGCUCUCGAAAGGAUGAGAGGGUCCACAAAAUAUUCCAGAUCAGGCAGUCAUGCCAUCAUCAGCAUAUUCUACAGCCCAGAGGGCUUGCAGGAGCUGGUUUAUUUGAAAGAAUUUGGCAGAGGAAGAUUCGUGAAGAGGGAUUUCCCUCAAGACACGGUCCUGACAUAUGAUCUCUUGAUCAACGCACCUCGCAAAAAAAUGACGAUCAACGGGAAAGACUACAUCCGAUUCACCCAUCUGUGCCCCUUCGGUAACUUGCUUAUGGUGGAUCUGCCAUGCCCGCAGCUCUAUACCCGAGAGGAGUAUUACUGGGCCACCCCUCCAGACAUCAUGGAGCAAUCCGGAUUCCAUCACAAGGACUCGCUCACCGUCUACCAGGGCCUGGUCUACCAGUUGCUUCAGCUGCAUUCAGCGUAUCACAGACCUUAUGCCGACCCCGUCCAUGACCCCACUUGGCGCUGGUGGAAAAACCAGAAAGAAGAGGCCGAAUAUUUUAGCUACAAGGCGAGCAACUGGAAAUCGUUGGGAGGUAUCUACGUCGAAAUGGCCAACUAUGCCAAAGUUUAUAAUGUGAUGCCGGAUAACAGUCUACCCAAAUACAUCUAUCUGGACAAGAAUACAGUCUACUCUUUUAAUGUGUUCCUGACCACCAGAUCAGCCAGAGAGAGCAUGGGAGAAACGUCCCAGGAAAAUUCCCUCUACAACAUCUGGAUGGCUGUUAUUUUGGCCCAUCCUGAGUAUAUCGAGGCAAAAGCGCAGAGGGAAGAACUCAUCAGCCGAGGCUCGAUGUUAUAUCGGGUAACCAUUAGAGACAAAGGGAAUUACCCAAAGCAAGACCUCAGUGGGAAGAACCUUCUGAAAAGCUCAGCUAGCGUAAAGGUUGUCCAUUCGAAAAUGUCCUGUUAUCGCCAUGCCAGCCUGAACCCAGAGUUGACGGGUACUGAUACAGUGGAGAUUCAUAUUGGAUGCCCCCCGGGCAAGAGAUUGGCGUUUGACAUCACUUAUACGAAGAAUUAUACCACAGAGAAGAACAAGCACUACUUUGACUGUGUUGAGGCAGAUCCAGAAAUGCCCUGUUUUUAUUUCAGCGAUGUGUUCUACCCAUUCUUCUUGAUCCAAGACAUGGUGACGGGAUUCUCAGGAAGAUUCCAAGGCAGCUACCUCUUCACCGUCAUUGGCGGAGGAGCCUUUUCGGAGAGCAACAUCAGAUACUUCACUCCGGAAGAGAUCAUAAAAUACAACACUAACAGUAAUAUGACAGCUUUGAUUUGGGCGAGAUCCGACAUAGAAGUUGAUGAAACCAAUGAGGAAGGUUUCCCGGUCCUCUCUGAAAGCAACCCUGGAAUUGUGUGGAUUUGUCAGAAAAAUUCUCCAUGUUACGAUAUCGUCCCCCAAAGUAUGGCUACUCCCGAUUAUUUCUUUGUGAUAAAAGUAUCCAACAGGGGGGUCGACCAAACCACCUACUGUGACUAUGCCUUGGAGUUCAUCGUGCACAUCCAUGGCCUGCGCCUCAGCCCCGCCCGUGCCCUGUACGUGAUGCAGAUUUCAAUGGCUGUUGUCAUCGGACUGGUCAUUCUGUACAUCUUAGUUGACAUAAUGGCCCCUUGGGUUAAAGAAUUCUUCGACAAGACCGUAAAGAGAAUGGAGAAAGCUAUUGCAUUUCGGGCUGAAUCCAGUCUCACCUUCUCCUCUUCCUUCAGCAGUCAAGGAUCCCUUCAACAUCUGCCUUCCGAUAUCAGUUCCGGGGACCCCGCCGGUAGCUCUUUCACUCUUGCCCCCUCCAAAAAAGGGGCACAGUAGAGCUCCCACAGCUCGCCAGAUUCAAUGGACAGGGAGGUUCUCUGCUGCCUGGAUGUGUCAUCUUCCGUCUGUGGUUACUGUCCGAGAAAAAUCGGCUCCUUUCUCACCGUUUCCCAAGACAGGGGGCCUCGGCAACGGGGAGGAAACGGUUAAGCACCGUCUGUCUGAUUUUGGGAACGAGGUUGUGCUGCGAGGCUGCAGGUAUAUUUUGUCCGUGAGCAGAUUAUUAUUUGGUUGCAACUCUUGCAAAAGGCUCCCAAAGUCAUCGAUGGCCAGGACCACAGCGAUCAAUAUCAAUUGGCACGCCCAGAGUAGGCAACUAUCCCAGCCUCGGAAGGCCUCCUGAAACACAGCCGAAGUCUCUUUUCCAUUGAGGGUGGAGGGGAUCAGUCACCAGCAGAUCUUAGUUUUAUUUUAUUUUAUUGAUUUGAUUCGUUUGCCACCCAUCUCGCUUCGAGGCGACUGCAAGGCGGCUUAAUUGGUUGAACUGGUUUGGGAAUUUUAUUACUGUUAUACUACCGAUUUUCCACACACACCCCCUCUGGUUUUCUAAAAAUUGUACUUCUUUAACCCCGGUUCUCUCUCAGCCGCUGCAGUUCCGUGUCUCGAUGCUGGGAACUGUUACGGGGUUAAAUUAAACAAGAAAAUUAUUAUUAUUAUUAUUAUUUUAAAAGCGGGUGAUAGAGAAAAUAAGAAUCCGUAACAGGCAGGGAUGGCUAGUUUGUGAUUUUCUGUUCAUAGUUCCUGGCUUGGUUCUGUUUUAAUAAAUAUUUGGGUCCAGGCAAGCUCUUUGUCGUCAUCGGGAUGCUUUCUUCUUCACCUGGUUAUUUUGGGCACUCCCGGUCAUUCCAGGAACUCACCUGCUUCAGAAAGGGCUCUGGACUAGGUAUACAUCGCUUGUGGGCAUUCUCUGCUGCCUUUCCAGACCAGGAGCCUGCAUGGCUGGAAAACAUUUUAAUCUUUUGGCUCGGUGCUGGUGGAAUUUCUCUGCAAACACCAGUAUAUCCCACUGCCCUCUUUAGAAACAGAAACUACACGGUAGUAGCAAGAAAUUAAACUAAUCUCAGUCUCAGAAACUUUUAUAACCUAUAUGGAAUUCAAGCUCCGGAAACACCCAGCAAUCUUAAAACAUGCUGCCUGAGGAAUUCUGGGAGUU